GCCACCUGACAGACGACCACCUGGUGGAUUUCCUGCAGCGUUGUCAGAAAUCCCUGCGGCCAAACGGCCUGAUCGUCAUCAAGGACAAUGUGUCGUACGAGGGCGUGGUUCCCGACGAUGUGGACAGCAGCGUGUGCCGAGACCUGGACAUCGUGCACGGUCUGGUGAGCAGAGCGGGGCUGAGCAUUGUUCACGAGGAGCAACAGAUGGACUUCCCUAAGGAGAUCUACCAAGUACACACGCUGGCUCUCAGAUAGGACUCUUUCACCUCGCAGACCUUGUAUAUAUGCCGUGUUUCUGAUGAUGUGGAAAGUAUGUCAGCUCUCAGCGUAUGAUGUGAAACGAUCUGCUGUGCUUUGUGGCGUGUGUGUUGCGAACGCCAUGCAUCAGUGUGAAUGCAGAGUCAUCCUUUCUGAGCUUUAAGGUAUUACUCUUGGAAUAUUUGCUAUCACCUAUUCAAGAUGGACACAAUCGAGCAUGCACUUCCUGUCAGUUUGAUGUCCAGCAGGUCCAAUAGAUAGUCUGAUGCCCUGUAAUUUGUUUAGAAAUGGGGAACACAUCAUGCUCGUGCUGCUGCAUAUUUAUUUAUGACCCACAGGGGGCAGUGUUGUUGAAUGUGAGACUAUCGGGUCCACAGGAUUCAUCAGCGUCACACACUGGAGACUGCAUCUUCAAGCAGUCUCACACGGACAUAUUCUCAAUGUUUUUAAAGAGAGAUUUUGUACGUUUGACAUCUUAAUGACAACAUGUUUGCAGAUCUAUGUGCUAUCGUCGCAAUUCUGAUCUUGUAUCAAUGAUAAAGAGAUGAUUUGGUUUUA